GAAAAAGGGACGUGCUGCAAGAUUUGAAGAAGAACCAGCACCAGACGCAAACUCGUCUUCAGUCCACUGGGUACCGAUGGUCAGUACCGGUCCGACACAUUCGACUGUCCAAACUUUACGUUUUCCAGUUUUACGUGAUUUGAUUGUCCCACGCACGCGUUGAUUCAAGUGUCACGUUCGCCAAUCGAAAGGAUCAUCAUGUCCGGCCGAAUUCACGUCAUCUUCGUGAUGGCUCUGCUCGUAUGCGUGCCGUUCUCUUCUAGCGCACCAGCCGACAUCGGUGCGUUCCUAUCCGAUGUGGCAGGAAUGAAGGCGGAAGACACGACGCAGUUCGUGACUGAACUGAUCGAAACGGCCACUGAUUCGCAGCCGGAAUCUUCCACCGAUGCGUCCGCCGUGGAAUUGGUAGACGCCGUGACGGUGGAGUCUGCCGAACCGACGACCGAAAUCGACCUGGAAGCCGUCAUUAUCGAUUUAGGGGUGGACCGAUUGGCGCACAAAGAUCCGCUGAUCGACUUGAAAAUCGAAGAAGCUCCCACGUUGGGAGCAAAGGAUGAAAUUCAAACGACGACCGACGUUGCCCAAGGCGAUGAAAUCUCAACGGAGAUCGUGGCACAUUCGGAUGAUGCUCCUCACGAUGCUCUUCCUGUCAUCCAGGAGAAAAUAGAAACCACGGCAGGAUCGGAUGAUCAUCAGACGACGUUAAGCGAAGAGGCUCCUUCGACCGAAGCGGCAACAUCGCAACCGGAAGCCGACGUCAUUUUGAAAAUCGAUUCGAAAAAUCAGACGAAAGAAGCGAAUCCGACGGCGAUCCUGGCCGAUCCGGAAGAUGUUGCCAUCGAAACGACCACACUGACAGAGGAAAAGGUCGAUAUCAUGGCGCAUUCCGAUGAUUGGCCAACGACGGAAACAGUAGCCUCGUUAGAAGAGGCUUCAACGACCGAAACGGGCACCGGACGACCGGAAGCCGAUUCGGAAAGUGGCGUCAUUUUGAAGGCCGACUUUAAAAACCCGACGGAAGAGCGCAACGAUGGGACGGAGGUCGUCACCGACGGCGCCACCGUCCAGCCCGAGUUCGACGUCGCAGAAGACGCUGAAUCUGUUCCAGUCGCGCUGAAAAACGAUGCGCAAUCGACGGAAUCAACGGACGCACAAGACGAUGCCAUCGACUCGACAUCCGUCCCGUUGGCGGAUGAACUCGCCACGCUGUCCGUCAACGAAGACGUGACGGAGAGCGCGUUCCAGUCGACCGAUUCCGGCACCGACGGCGUCGACACGUCCAGCGACGACGUGGCCGAUGAAAUCGUGCGGAUGGAGCCGCAGUUGGUCAAGAUUUUCGAUCCGAGCGUCGAUGUCGAGGCCACCACCUUCUUGGCGGAGGCCAAUUUGCAAACGGAUGCGGAAGGUGACGCAACGACGGAAUCCUUCUAUCACGCGGACGGCGUCGAUGAUGAAAUGGAGGCGGACGAGGAGGCCUUGACAACCACCGGCGAGUCGGUCACUGUGACGCUUGAAAUUGGAACCGAAUCCGGAACGGAAUUAGCGACCGAGUCCGGCCCAGAAUUAACGAGCCAGAGCGACACGACGGCCUUGCCAGUUGAAGUUGCCAAACUAUCGACACCUGGCGGGCCGGCCGCAUCGGCUGCCAUUGGCAGCAAACGCAGUUACAAGGGCUACAAGGUCUACCGUGUUAUCCUGCCGACGGAGGACUCCGUCCGCCGCAUUUUGUCCAUGGAAGAUGAGCCGGGCGUUGAAUUCUGGGCCGAUCCUCGGCUUCUCCUCCGGCCGAGGGGCCUCUUCGUCACGUCCGCCGCUGACGUGAUGGUGGCGCCGCAAAUCGUUGCGCAAAUCGAGUCCGUCUUCCGUCAAGCCCGUCUCACUUACACCGUCCUGAUCGACGACGUCCAUAUGUCCAUCGCUAAAGAGAAUCCUGUCGGUCCGUCUUUCGCUCGAAGUCAAACCGGUUCUAGCGGUCAGCACCGGCUGACCUGGGACCGGUAUCACCGUCUGUCAGAUAUCAACAGCUACCUGGAAUAUUUAAAAGAAGCGCACGCCGAUUGGAUUGAAGUGAUGCCCAUCGGGAAGAGCAGCCAAGGCCGUCCGAUUCACGUCAUCAAACUGAGCCGGCGUCGUCAACCGGACCGAGUGGAAACCAGCCAAAAGAAAGCCAUUCUAGUGGACGCAGGCAUGCAUGCAAAUGAGUGGAUCACUCCGGCCGCCUUGACUUGGAUGAUCAACGAACUCGUGGAGAAUGCCGAUUCUUACAGUUGCAUCCUGGACCGGUUCGACUGGUAUUUCAUUCCAAUGGUCAACCCCGACGGCUACGAGUAUUCGCACGUCGUUGACCGGAUGUGGCGCAAGACGAGGCGCAACUACACGUCGACGCUGGUACGUACUAGCGCGCGCAAGCUGCGCGUCGACGCCGACGACGAGCAAUGCCUCGGCGCUGACAUCAACAGGAAUUUCGAGUUCCACUGGAGGAAAGGCGGCAGUUCCAGCAACGUUUGCUCGCCAUCGUUCGCCGGAGUCAAACCGUUCAGCGAACCGGAAUCGCGUGCAUUAGCCAAUUUUAUGCUUAAACAGCGUUCCAGACUUGCCAUGUACAUCUCGUUGCACUCGUAUUCGCAAAUGUGGCUGCUGCCGUGGGGUUUCGCAGAAGCCCGUCCUGAAGAUUUCAGUGAACUGUACUCUUUGGCUAAAAUCGGAGCUAGGGCUUUACAGAGGACGCAUAAUACAUCGUAUCUCAUCGGCAGUGUUCCAGACCUCCUCGCUUUAGCGUCAGGCUCGAGCCAAGAUUGGGCGAAAGGUGUGGCCGGUGUUCGAUACUCGUACACGCUGGAAAUGCGAGACGCCGGCGUGAGAGGAAUGAUCCUUCCGGCGCAGCAGAUCGUCCCGACGGCCGAAGAAACUUGGGCAGGAAUCUACGCCGCCUCUGUUGAAUUGGCGCACCGCCUCUACCAACAUUUACCAUCCUGUUCGCCAUUUUAAUUCGUUUUUCUUGUCAUUUGAAUACGUCGUUUUUGUUUUGUUUUUUAUAUUCGGAAUUUCAUUGAGGAAUCCUACUGCUAGAAUUUUUUUUGGAUUUGAUUUGCUUCCUAUUUCCUGUUAUUUUUAUUUUUGAUUCGGUUUUGUUUUUGUUUUUUUCGUUCAAAUUGUCCGUGCCCCGUUUUUUUUUUAGAUAAGGCUGUUCGUGGUGUUUUGCACUGGCAUUGAUUUUCACGCCCGGUUUACGUUCUCUGUCCCCCCCUAAACGUGUGUCAAAAUAUAAUUGAAAAGAAAGACAUGUUUGGACAUGUUUUUAAAUUAAAAAAUCAUUUUUCGCAAUUUCCCGUCUUUGGUCCCUUAGACAGUUGGCUAAAAAACUUGUUUCGAUUGCAAUCAAACUUGCCACCGUGUUUUGUUUAACGACAUGCAUCCAAUGAAUCAUUUGAAAAUAAAGCUGUCUGGAAAAAAAAAA